AUGUCGUCUUCAAUCAUUUCAAUUAUUUUGAUCGCGAUCAUAGUUAAACCACUGGAAGCGAAUGAAGAAAUUGUAUACGCGCUCAAAAAUUUGGAUCUUGUUGGAGAUCAAAAUAGUCAUUUGUAUAAUAUUUUGAUUGUUGUUAUUUUGGCAAUCUCCGUCAUUUUUUUGUUGAUCGUAAGUAGUAAAACAAAAAAAGUUUGCCGCCAGCAGGGGUCGAACCUGCGACCUUGGGCUUAUUAGACCCACGCUCUAACCGACUGAGCUAUGGCGGCCACAUUUUUCCCCGCGGCAAAUUUUACAUUAUCAUUUUUCAGUUGAUUGUAUCGUUAUUGUUCAAAAAAGCGUAUGACUGGUAUACGGCGCGGGAAUAUAAAACGUAAGUUAUCUCAACUUGAAAUCUUGAAAUGUAGGUCAAAUGAUUUUUGUAAAAUUUCUAGGUGUGACUUGGAAGCAAGUUUGAAAGAAGAAAAAGAUCGAGAUUGGCGACGACGGCAAGAAGAUGAAGAAAAACAGUUGCAACAAGUUUUGAUACACGCCGAACUUAUUAAAAUGCAAGGCGAUUAUUUACCCGAAAUGGAAUGUUUGCCUGAAUAUUAA